AUGCCUCUGACUCUGCCUCUGCCUCUUCUCGCUCUCGUACUUGGAUUCGGGUCAUUUCACGCCGUCGCCGGCACCGUCACACGCGCCCCAGCUAUGCUGGCUGUGCUGGCUGACUGGCUGGCGCUAAGUAAAAAAGUCCGCUACAUACCCAAUCAGCGCCACGGCAUGCCGAGCGGAAAUCCGGAUUUACCGCAUGCGGAUUCCUCGGGCCCGCCGUCGCUCGGAUACGGGUUCCCGUUUGCUGCUGCUGGCCCCGUCAUGUGCUAUGCUGUGAUGGCAUGGCAUGGCAUGUGGGGUCUCCCAUACUUGACCAGUUUUUUUUUGGUUGUUACUCUACUUAGUAGUCGAUAG